CUACAGCUAAAGCCAAGGACCCAUCCAAAGUAUCUCCAAACUUUUAUGAAAGAUGGACCACAGACCUCCUCUUAUCCUGCUGCUGCUGCUUUUGGGCCUAUCACAGGCCAGUGGAAAUGAGAUCCAUGAUGAGCUGGACCAUGUGUCCAUCACUUCAACGAUCCUGGUGUCCAACAAUGGAACUAAUGAGCUUCUGCUGGAAGGAGACAUUCUGGCUCCUAGAACCAGGAACGCCAUGAAGUGCUUUAGCAGCCAGUACAGCUGUCUGUGGAGGAAGUCGAUUGAUGGCUUGGUGUACGUGCCGUACAUCCUCAGCAAUGUAUAUUCCAGCUUGGAGGUAGAGACGAUUGAGACAUCCAUGAAGUACUUCCAUGGCAAGACCUGCAUCCGCUUCAUCCCACGUCGGAGACAGACUGCCUACCUGGACAUUCAGAGCAGUGGCGGGUGUUUCAGUUCAAUGGGGACUGUUGGGGACAGGCAGACAUUGUCUUUUGCACAGUUUGGCUGUGUUCAACAUGGUAUCAUCCAGCAUGAGCUGCUUCACUCCCUGGGCUUCCACCACGAGCACAACAGGAGUGACCGUGACCAGUAUAUCAGGAUCAACUGGCAAUACAUUUAUAACUACGCCAUCGAUAACUUCCAGAAGCAGGACACCAACAACCUGAAUACUGCAUACGACUACUCCUCUGUCAUGCACUAUGAUAGAACCGCUUUCACUAACAACUACGGAAAGGAAACCAUCACUCCCAUCCCAGACCCAUCUGUGGCCAUCGGACAGAGACUAGGCAUGUCUGACAUUGACGUCCUGAGAGUCAACAAGCUGUACCAAUGCUAAGAGGAAGAGCCAGGUGUGAAAAUGAGUUAGGUUGAAUAGUGUGUACUUCCAUGUGCGGACUGCUGUUUAUUUGGGUGUUUGUGUAUUUGUGUGUUUGUGUGUAUCCUUUUAGUAAUCGUGGGUGGUAAUAAAGCGUGGUUAU